AUGUCUACCCAAAAAGCCAUUGUCGUCACCCAGCCCAAAACCGCAGGUCUUGUCACAGACCGGGCCAUUCCUACUCUGCGGGACGAUUACGUUCUUGUCAAGACCGUCAGCGUUGGAUUGAACCCUACCGACUGGAAGCAUGUCGAGUACCUGUCUCCCCCUGGAGUGCUGAUUGGAUGUGACUUUGCCGGCACCGUUGAGGCCGUGGGCAAGAAUGUCAAGAAGACCUGGAAGAAGGGCGACCGCAUCUGCGGUUUCACUCACGGCGGAAACGCCGUCCAGCCUGAGGAUGGCUCCUUCGCCGAGUACAUCGUCGCGAAGGGUGAUCUUCAGAUGAAGAUUCCCGAUAAUCUGAGCUUCCAGGAAGCCGCCACUCUCGGAGUCGGUAUCAACACUGUCGGACAGGCUCUCUACCAGAGCUUGAAGCUUGCCCUUCCUACGGAGCCCAUCAAGGAUGCCACCCCCAUUCUUAUCUACGGUGGUUCCACUGCCACAGGUUCUCUGGCAAUCCAGUUUGCUAUGCUGUCCGGCUAUAAGGUCCUGACCACCUGUUCCCCGCACAACUUCGACUUCGUCCGCAGCCUCGGCGCGGAUGCCGUGUUCGACUACAAGGACCCCCAGUCUCCCGAGGAGAUCCGUAAGCUUACCAACAACAAUCUGAAGCUUGUGUUCGACUGCAUUUCUCUCGGCCCUAGUGCCGCGUUCUGUGACAAGGCUAUCUCCACCGAGGGCGGCGAGUACACUGCUCUGUUGCCAAUCAAUAUUGAGCGUGCCAAUGUCAACGAUCGUUCCACCCUGGCUUACACUGUCAUUGGUGAGGCCUUCAAGUUCGGUGAACAUUCCAUGCCCGCUAAGCCUGAAGACUUCGCCCAUGCCGAGAAGUUUGUCCCUAUUGCUGAGUCGCUGUUGAGCUCCGGCAAGGUCAAGGUCCACCCUCCCAAGGUUGGCAAGAAUGGACUGAAGGGUGUUCUAGAGGGUCUGGAAUUGCUCAAGGCUGAUAAAGUCAGUGGCGAGAAGCUCGUCUACAACGUGGAGGAAACUUCUUAA